AAAACGUCAAAAUUAUUAAUACGUUUUAAAUUUCCUUUAACGCAAAUGACAGUAUUUAUGGGACGCUGUGUGUUGGGGUGGGACUCAUUCCAAAGCAGUGCUGCUGUCUGCGACAGGAGAGAUCCUUGCAGAGACAGAUGGACCCUGCACCAAUCACUGGCUGGUUGGUGUUGAUGAGUGUAUCAAGGGCAUUCACGAUAUGGUCCAAAAGGCAAAGAUCAGUGCAGGGUUGGAUCCUGACACACCCAUUUACUCUCUGGGCAUGUCGCUGAGUGGUGGAGAGCAGAAGCAUGCCAUUCAGAAACUGAUUGAUGAGAUGAUGGAAAGAUUUCCUAAACUAAGCCAGAGUUAUUACAUUACCACAGAUGCCAUUGGUGCCAUGGCAACAGCAAGUGACCACGGUGGUAUAGUCCUGAUAUCAGGAACUGGUUCAAACUGUAAGCUGGUGAACCCUGAUGGCACGCAGGUGGGCUGUGGAGGAUGGGGUCAUAUGAUGGGGGAUGAAGGAUCAGCAUUUUGGAUGUCUCAUCUUGCUGUAAAAGCAGUAUUUGAUGCCAAAGACAACCUGGUUACACCUCCACAUGAUAUCACCUAUGUUAAUAAAGCCAUGGAGGACUACUUCAAGGUGUCCAACCUGAUGGGCAUGCUUCCCCACCUGUACAGAAACUUCCAGAAAUCAUACUUUGCUGGCUUCUGUAGAAAACUAGCUGAAGGUGCUAAUGCAGGUGAUGCCUUCUGUAGAUACGUGUUUACCCAAGCUGGUAAAGUGCUAGCACAGCACGUUGUAGCAGUUCUUCCCAGCGUGCACCAGGAGCUGUUCUUGGGUGACCUUGGUCUGCCCAUUCUGUGUGUUGGAUCUGUAUGGUUAAGCUGGGAGCUGAUGAAGGACGGUUUCACUCAGGUUCUCUCCCAGGCCAGAUUAUCUGGUUCCAACCAUUUUCAGAAGUAUAGCCUUCUCACCCUGCGCCAGUCAUCUGCUGUAGGUGGUGCCAAGCUGGGAGCCCAGAAUGCAGGUGCCACCUUGCAGCUGGACUACUCCACUAGUGCCAGUGUGUUCUUCAGCCACAUGUUCACGGAGCAGUGAACAACACUAACGAGGACCAAUCAAGCUGGAAACACUGCUCUCUGAUUUUGAAGUGUUUGGCUCCAGUGCACUCCAGUAUAAUGGGAAAAAUACCUCAAUUUACUACUUACGAAUCUCCAGUGUGUUUCAAGUGAUCUGUAUACCUCAGAAUUAGGGUCAUUAAAUUAAAAAAAAAAAAACCACUUAAUUACUUAAUUUCCUUGAUCUGCUUAUUUUGAAUGUAAAAAUGAAUGCUGUUCUGAGAUCUGUCCCCCUGUGCAUUAAUUGUUUCACAAUGUAAAAUACUAAUUCUUAUGCAGUAUCUCAAUGUCUUUUCAUAAUAAGAAUUGCAACGCUAAGAGGCUUAAGACCUGAUUAAAAAUCUAAUUUCAGAAAAA